AUGGGCUGCGGUUUCUCGCGCGAUGAUGCCGGCACAUUCCUGCGCCAGUACUCCGAAUUGGGCAUCUACAGCCAGGAUCCGUUCCAAUCUCUCGACCAGGAGGGUGUUGGCCAGCUCAUGCGCAUUGCUGUGAGGAAGGGUCGUCGUGUUAAGCCGAUGCUGAAGAUAGGCAUCUGCGGUGAGCAUGGUGGCGACCCAGCAACCAUUGGGUUCUGCCACAAGAUUGGCAUGAACUACGUGUCGUGCUCUCCGUUCCGUGUGCCGGUCGCCACUGUGGCCGCCGCUCACGCUGCACUGAAGGAAAAGAAGGACAUGGAACAACGGUACAAGAAGAUUGCCGCCAAGCUGUAG